AUGAACACCUUUGUUGCGGUUUCCAAUUCUGGCGACGGAAACCGUGUCAUGACCAGCCCCGAUGGCGAUAUCUGGACAAGUCGCGAGAGUGCAUCAAACAACUGGUGGAGUAGUGUCGCCUUUGGAAUGGGGACAUUUGUUGCAGUUGCUAAAACUGGGUUUGGGAACAGAGUCAUGACUAGCACUAACGGCAUUGACUGGGAAAGUCAAACAAGUGUACCAAAUCAUGAAUGGAAUUGCGUCACCUAUGGUGGUGACCUGUUUGUCGCAGUUGCAACAAACCGUAUAAUGACAAGCCCUGAUAGCGUAUCUUGGACACUUCGAACAAGCCCAAACUUCAAAGCCUGGUCUAGUGUCACGUACGGUGAUGGAGUGUUUGUGGCUGUUGCUGAAGCCCUUGGUGACGAAGCGAUGUACAGUCGUGACGGCAUUAAUUGGAGGACGGGAUCGACAGCAAAAGGUUAUGCUUGGUCUAGUGUGACAUUUGGCGACGGAAUGUUUGUCGCGGUUUCUUCCACCGAGGCAAUGGAUAACGUCAUGACGGGGAUGGAAAGUUCGGGUUGA